UGGCGCCCCCUACUCUGGCAGGUCCCUGCCGGAGUCCCUCCUCUCGCGAGUCCCACGCAAUCGACGGGGCUUAUAUUCCCGCACUUACGGCGCUUGGGUCGUGCGGCCGCCACUGGGCAUGCCCAGUCCCGGGUCACGUGACGUCUGUCAUGGCCGCCUCCAUGGCCCGGGGAGGUGUGAGUGCCGGGCUUCUGAUGCGGGCGGCGAGGGGAGCCUGGUGGAGCCGGCCUGCAGGCUCUUGGGGGUCUGGGGAGACGCCAGCGCCAGCGACAGCCAGAAGAUUCCGAGCGACAGGCUCGCGCUCGGCGGGGGAGGAGGAAGCCGGCGGCCCCGAGCGGCCCGGGGACGUGGUGAACGUGGUGUUCGUAGACCGGUCAGGCCAACGGAUUGCGGUGAGCGGCAGAGUGGGGGACAAUGUUCUCCACUUGGCCCAGCGCCAUGGAGUGGACCUGGAAGGGGCCUGUGAAGCUUCCCUGGCCUGUUCGACGUGUCACGUGUACGUGAGCGAGGGCCACCUGGACCUGCUGCCUCCUCCUGAUGAGAGGGAAGAUGACAUGCUGGACAUGGCCCCCCUUCUUCAGGAGAACUCCCGGCUGGGCUGCCAAAUCGUGCUGACCCCUGAGCUGGAAGGGGCCGAGUUCACCCUGCCGAAGAUCACCAGGAACUUCUACGUGGACGGCCACGUCCCCAAGCCCCACUGACUUGGGCAGCUGGGGCCAUCCCAGCCACCCGUGGCCCUUGGGGCCAGGACUGGAAGAAUAGCCAAGCUGCCAGCCCAGCCCAGUGCGUGGACAGGCCCGAGGGAGAUGUUGGGAGCGACCAGAAGUCCAGAGCCGCUGCCUCAGAGAGAUCCCGUGUCCAGGCUCUGGUUGGGAGGGUAGGGAGGGCACAGCCCCUCCUGGGGGACCCGCCCCCAAACUCAGGAGAAUCAGUGGGUGAACAGGCUGGAAUCUGACCGGAAUGACAAUAAAACUGGCUCACAGAGAC